UCAGAUGAUUUUAGGUUAUGUAUCUGACACCAAUGACACUCAGGCAUUUGAAUGCUACAGAAGAGUCAUUCAAGCUGAUAUAAUGUUGAAUCUGAGUUCCGAAAGAAAACAAGAGGUUGUGAGUGGUACCUGUGCCACGACUGGAAAGAAUAUUCCAGGAAAUUUGUGUGGGGAGAAUAGAGUGAAUAAUGCUGGACAAUUAAAUUAUAAGAUUAUUGGGAAUCGUGUGGAGAGACCCUUCGUGUGUCUAGAAUGUGAUAUGAGUUUUGAUCGACUCUCCCAACUUGAUUAUCACAAAAGGAGUGUCCACCUUGGUGAGAAGACUCAAAUAUGUCAGAUCUGUGGAAAGAAAUUCUUCAGAAAGGCAGAUUUAAAUACUCAUCUGAACAUACACCUUGGAACCAGUCAGUCCAUUUGUGAUAUUUGUGGACGGAAGUUCAAUCAUGUGUCAAAUUUAAUUAGACAUGCCAGAGUUCAUGCAGGAAUAAAGCCAUAUCCAUGCUCCAUAUGUGGCAAGAGAUUCACCCAGAUAAGCUCAGUAGUCAGGCACAAACGGAUUCAUGACAAAAAAUCCGGGAGUACCACUGAAACUGCUGGAGAUGCUGAAGUAAAGAAAUUGAUAAAGCGAAAACACUAUUGCAAAGUUUGUGGAGAUACUUUUCCCUUUAUCGUUCUCCUACGCCAGCAUGAGACCAGGCAUUUCGAAGGUGAUGGUAGCAUCCAGUGUGAGCGAUGUAAAAUGCCCUUUGGAAGCCAGUCAUUCCUUCAAGAUCACAAAUGCCGGUUGCCUGCUCCCCACAUAAAAAAAAUUGACUCGACCAAUAUUAGACUGGCCCAUGCAGACCUGGGCCAGCAAUUACUCGACUUAGAAAUCGACUACUUAUCCCAGAAUGAUUUCGAUCAAUCUAGAAAUGUGAACGUCCUUGAAUCCGUGGAAGUUGGUUCAAUAAAUAAAAACCUGAUCGAUCCCCUAGAUCUGCAGAGUCUAAGCGAUCUGGACAAUUCGUUUAAUCAUCCAAAUGAGAGUCAGAGAUUCUCUGAGGAUUCGGACUUUGAACAGGUAAGACCCUCGGAUUUCCUGACAACGUUUGAAGAGAUCAUCGGAUACCAUGACAGCCAAACUCCAGGUGUGCGAUUGGUUCAGCACGAGGAGGGGGACCAGUUCUUCGAGCUCGUCAGGGACCCCCUGGCAUACCUCAGUGACAGCAAGAAUUGCGAUAAAACAGAAGAAGUUAAUGCUUCGAACAAAAAUGGCAUCGAGAGCAUGGAAAGCUCAGCCACCGACAAAGUCGCGAUGAAGAAGAGAAAUAGGAAAAAAUCAUCGACUGACAAGAGCAGAAGUCAAGAGCAGAAGUACGAAUGUACGAUCUGCAGGAAAAAAAUUUCCACAGCAUCGAAUCUGAAGCAACACACAGGCACUCACUUCCUGGAUCAACAAAAGUUUCACUGUAAGGACUGCGGAAUGUCAUUCGCCUGGAAGUCAACACUGAAUAAACAUCUAGCGAGUAAUCACCGGCCCGAUGGGCCCCAGAAAUUUGUCUGCGAGAUAUGUCCCCGGGUUUAUUUCACUCUCUCUCAAGUCAAUGAACAUGUCAAGCGAGAUCACCUGAAGGUGCGCAAUCACAUGUGCGAAGAAUGUGGCAAAUCGUUCUUCAAGAAGUUGGAUCUUGAGUCCCACAGGAGAACUCAUACGAAGGAACGACCCUAUGUCUGUCAAGUUUGUGAUAAAACUUUUUAUCAUCAGAGCCAUAUAAUUAGACAUGAGAGAAUACAUUCUGGUGAACGACCGUAUUCUUGUGAUUUUUGUCAAAAGACGUUCUCGCAGCUGAGCUCGUUGAAGAUGCACAAGCAGAGGCAUCACAACGAGACCAGAAUGGAUAUAUUGGAAUAUCAGAAUAACGAAGACGAUCCGAUAAUACUGAAAACGUUUUAAUGUGCUUUGAAAUGAGAGUAUUUUCUUUUUGAUUGAUUUCAAACUCUGAUCCUGACGAAUGUAAAAAAAGUAUGAAAAUAUAAAAAAUUAUAUAAAAACA